AUGAAGGCAACGCUUCAGCUUAAGCGAGUGAUGAGCUUGGUAAUCAGCUCGUGCUGUGGUGGUGUUGCAGGCUCAUCUUGUUCGCUGGCCCGCUCUCUACCCGUCACCACGUCGUUGCAUCGUCUAUCGUCUCCAGCAUGGCAGCAACCGUUGACGGCAGCAUCCCCAAAGCUUCGGCUUCCACCGCUAUCUCAAUCUUUUUCGUCCUCCUCACAUCAACGACAAGAUCGAUCGGAAGAAUACACCGACGCACCUGAAGGCUAUAGCAAACCUGGCUCGUCCAAAUCGUCCAAGCCUUGGUAUCGCUCUCCUACCACGCUCGUACUCGGGUUCAUCCCCAUCUUCACCUUUGGCCUUGGAUACUGGCAGAUCAAGCGGCUCAAAUGGAAAGUAUCGCUGAUUGAGGAGCUUGAAGACAAACUCUCGCGCGAUCCGCUCCGUCUACCACGAAACAUCAAUAUCGAUGUUCUGCCUCAAUUCGAUUUCCGGCUGGUAUCCGUCAAAGGUUCAUUCGAUCACUCGCGAACCAUGUUUGUCGGACCAAGAGUGAGGGAUGGCGUGAUGGGGUACCAUGUGGUGGUGCCUUUUCGUAGGAGCGAAGGUGGCGGUAUGAUUCUGAUCAAUCGGGGAUUCGUCAGCGAGAAGCAGAUUGUGGGAACAGGUGAAAAGAGGAGCUUGAAAGAUGAAGCCAUGCCCAAUGGCGAGACGGAGUUCGUUGCGCUGCUUCCAAGAAUCUAUCCGGCGAACACGUUCACGCCGAACAACGUGCCUGAAAAGGGAAGCUGGUUCCACGUCAAUCCGUCGCAGAUGGCCGAGUGGGCGUCGAGUCAGGCUGGCGUCGAAGCACUUUCCCUCUCACCACCCGAAGCAACCCCAUCGACAGAUAGCUACACUCCGAGCGCCGGUGUAGCAGAGAGCGUCCGGAACAUGCUUGGGUCUCGCGAGACGGAUCGUGUUCUGCCAGUCUAUCUCGAACAAGUGUUUGAUGGGAAUGUAGGAGAAGCAGCAGCUAGGGUGGCCAACGGCGUUCCUGUAGGUCGAGCGGCAACGAUCGAACUGAGAAACCAGCAUGCUGUCUAUGCUGCCACAUGGUUUUCUUUGAGCGCAUGCACAGCUGUCAUGUUCGGACUCUUGGUUCGCCGUGGACGAUCCUAG